GUAAAGAGAAUGUUAUGGGAGGCAAACCAGGACGGGUUUUAUCAUGGGCACAACGUGUGAAGAUUGCCCUGAGUGCUGCUACUGGGCUUGAGUUCCUCCACGAGAAGGCACAACCUUGCGUUAUCCUCACUGGCAUCAGGUCCAGCAACAUAUUUCUGUUUGACGAUGACGUUGCAAAGAUUGGUUACCCUGGUGUUUCCUCCAUAGAGGCCCCUGGUUACAGAAACAAUCUUCUUUUGGAUAGUCCCGGUGGAAUUCUCGGAUCCUCUUAUGAUGCACCUGAAUGUGCAACAGAAGGAUACGCACAAUUUUCCACAGAGAGCGAUGUCUACAGCUUCGGGGUUGUGCUACUGGAACUUUUAACUGGUCGAAAGGCAGUUGAUCCUACACUACCCCGUGGCCAACAAUACCUCGUGACAUGGGUAGACAUGCAGGCUGCACGAAGACUUGAUGAAUGCAAGGUGCAUCAAUGCGUGGAUCCAAGGCUUGGAGGAGAUUACCCACCCAAGGCUGUCGCCAAGAUGGCUACAAUCGCGGCGCUGUGCAUACACUACACAAAGGAGCUCCGGCCAAAAAUGAGCAUUGUCGUCAAGGCUCUGAGGCCGUUGCUACUCAGAAGCUCAAGCAAUCUUGCCGUUACCGCUGAAGCAUCUGGAGUGUGAAGCAUUGUUUUUCUAGAAGUGAGAUAUCAUGUGUUGUGAUUUCUGAAUUUUUAUUUUUAGAAAACAGCAGGAGUUUACCCUGGUUCUAUUUUCGAUUGAAAUGAAAGCAGACGUUGACAUCA